GCAUCGGGCUGAAGAUGUGGGGCAGGCGGGCCCCGGGCAACUCCAACCGCCGAUGGGACCAGCAACACGAGCGAGACCAAGAAAAAGACCAUCAAGAUGCUUUGCAUUGUGGUGCUGAUGUUUGCCAUCUGCUGGCUGCCGAUCCACCUCUUCACCCUGAUCCUGCACUUCAAGUCUGAGGUGCUCGUGUGGAACAAGUAUAUGGCGCUGGUGCUGUACUUCUGCGCAUACUGGCUGGCCAUGUCCAACAGCUUCAUGAACCCCAUCGUCUACAGCUUCAUGAACGACAAGUUCAGAAAUGACCUGAUGAAGCUGUUCGGCUGCCCGCUGAAGAAGAAAGAAGUCGGCCUGACCAGAGGCAAGCAGACCACCAUCAACUUCUCGGAGAGAAACGCACUGCGCUACACCCUGAGCCGCUCCAGUGCAACUGGAUUGGGGAGAUCCGUGGCUAUACAGACGAUGAACGGUUGCAGACUACACCGCCCUGAUGAUCUGGAGCUCCGCACAUGCGCAGGAGCCAUCCUCGCCGCCCCUACCCCAUCCUCUGAUCAUUCCACAUGUACAACAUCAGAGGUCGGCGAAAGGAAUGCCGGGAUAGGAAGAACUUCGUCGUGGCCACCUCCGGACUUAAAGGAUAUCUCCGAACGACGCAACCCUCGGGUGAGAGCGCGGCUCGCAUACAUCUACCUGAAGCAGAAAGUCACCAAGAAGAAUCUGAAGAAGAGGAAUACAUACAAGGACACGCCGCCGCGCGUGUUGUACAAGGUACAGCUGGAAGACCGGCUCAACAACGGCACAGUCAUAGAACAGACUGUCAGCACUGUCUAGUUAUCGUUUCUGUAAGAAUAUAUCGGUAACUCUCAUAAUUCCACCUUUUACGGUAACCCUAAAAUCAUCUCAAACAUUUGGUGUUAUCCAGGUCUUCUCAAGAAAAUUGUAUUGAACCCUGGACAUAUGAAACGUGCAUAACUCGAGGAUUACUCAUGCUGCAUUUAGCAGAUAUCUUAAAAUUAAUCGUUCUAUUUACCUCCGCGAGGUAUUGUUUUUAGUAUGCUUGUGUGUUAUUGCUUGUGUGUCCGUACUGUUGAGUAAUAGCGUGUGUGUGGGGAUUCCCAACCUACAGAUUCCAAAAGGACAGACACAUUAAGUUAUAUUUCAGAAACCGACUGAGCCAGCAGGCAGUUGGUCUGUUGGACGGAUGCCAGGGAGGACAAUGCAUAUUAUAGACGCAGGCAGACAAAAAAAAUAAUAUAUCAGGAAAUUCGGAUUAUCUCUCUGAUAUUUUACAGAGAUACCUCUGACGGUCUUGGCUAACCGUUGGAAUUAUGACAGAUGAAAUUACAUAUUUGAAACUAUGUAUAAAGGGAAUAUAACCUACAGGUAGACCGACACUGCCUCAUUAUUUGUGACGGAUAAUCAUUAAGACAUGUAAAUAAUGUAUUUUGAACUACGACUUGUACAUAGAGAGUACGGAUGACAGAGCAAUUUACUUUUUUCCUCUACAACACUAUAUC